CCUAGGAACUACUGAGCCAGAAGUUCAGAACAGUCACCAAGACAUUUACUGCCGAUAGUAGAGCCAAAAGCAGUAACAAGUGGAUCGUCAAAAGGACUCAAGAACCGAUGAUGUCUUCGCAUAGCCAAUCUGGUUCAAGAGGCAUCCAAGAACGUGCCCGCCUAGUCAUUACAUACACGGUCGACGCAGAGCACAUAAAUAGAUCAUCGUGUCCUCGCGGAGACACAGACUCAAGCCUCUCCCGUCACCAACCUCCACCCUCCCUCAUCCUCCCCUCCUCUCACUCACCAUGACAAGCAACAUCCGCCCGGCCUGCCAUCACCCCCUCGAUGUCAUCGGCAACACCCCCCUCCUGCGCCUCGGCAAGGUCAUCCCCCCGGGCUGCGCCGACAUCUACAUCAAGCUCGAGUACAUGAACCCGACCGCCUCCUACAAGGACCGCCUCGCCCGCGCCAUCGUGGAGCAAGCCGAGCAAGACGGCCGUCUCACACCGGGCAUGAAAAUCGUCGAGGCCACGGGUGGCAGCACCGGCUCGUCGCUCGCCUAUGUAUGCGCCCUCAAGGGGUAUCCCUUUCGCGCCGUCUGCUCGCCCGUCUUUGCGCCUGAGAAGCUGCGCACCAUGGCCGCCCUGGGCGCUGAGCUCGAUCUCGUCGAGAGUCCGACGGGUAAGAUCACGCCGGACUUCUUCCGUUCCCUCGUCGACCGUGCCAGCGAGACGGCCGACAGGGAGGGAUGGCUGCUGGCGAACCAGUUUAAGAACAAAGAUGCCCUCGUCGGCUACCGCGCGCUCGGGGAGGAACUCGUCGCGCAGCUGCCGCAGGGGAUCGAUGCGUUCUGUGCGGCUGUGGGCGGCGCGGGUAUGGCCAUGGGUGUGGCGGCCGUGCUGAAGGAGAGGAAACGGGAUACCAAGGUUGUCGUGCUCGAGCCCGCGAGCUCACCUCUUCUGACAGAGGGGAAGACGGGCGUCCACAGCGUGGAUGGUGUCGGUACUGGUUUUAUUCCCCCGCUGCUGGACGAGGCGCUGUACGAUGAGGCGCGCGGCGUCUCAGAGGAGGAGGGGCGGGACAUGUGUCGCCGGCUGGCUGCGGAGGAGGGCGUCUUUGCCGGUGUGUCGACGGGCUUGAACGUCGUGGCGGCGAUCCAGCUGGCCAAGGAGCUCGGGCCGGGCAAGGUGGUUGUCACGGUGGCCUGCGACUCGGGGUUCAAGUAUCUCAACGGGCCGCUGUUUGCGUGAUGGUGAGAGUGUAUAUAAAUCGCUAUGCACGUCGUUAUAUCAUGUCAUUAUCCACAUAUCUCAUCAAGGCCCCCCCUACUCCUUGGGCAGAUCGACCGCCUGCGCGUACCGACUCCUCUUGGCCAGGGCAUCGCCGUAGCGAAUGAAGGCAAACGGGAUGAGCCCCAUG